CAAGUUUCAGUUCCAAGUCGACAGACGAGCGGCGCACAACUCAACGGAAUCAAGUGAAAUCCGCGACUCGAAGAUGAUCAUUAAAACCCUAGCGAUCGUAUCGCUGUGCCUGGCCAGCAUCCAGGCCUCCAAGGUGGGACCCCCUCAGUCCCAGGUGCCCAAGAAGCACCUGGUCUGCUACUACGAUUCCGCCAGUUUCGUCAAGGAAGGUCUGGGCAAACUGGUGAUCGAUGAACUGGAGCCGGCUCUGCAGUUCUGCGACUAUCUGAUCUACGGCUAUGCCGGGAUCGAGCGCGACUCCCACAAGGCGGUGAGUCUGAACCAGCAGUUGGAUCUGGACUUGGGCAAGGGUCUGUACCGCACGGUGACCCGCUUGAAGCGCAAGUACCCCAACGUUAAGAUCCUGCUCAGCGUGGGCGGGGACAAGGACAUCGAGCUCGACAAGGAUGCCAAGGAGCUGCCCAACAAGUACUUGGAGCUGCUGGAGAGCCCCACAGGUCGCACUCGCUUCGUGAACACCGUAUACUCGCUGGUGAAGACCUACGGCUUCGAUGGCCUGGAUGUGGCCUGGCAGUUCCCCAAGAACAAGCCCAAGAAGGUGCACAGCGGCAUUGGCAGCAUCUGGAAGGGCUUCAAGAAGGUCUUCUCCGGCGACUCGAUCGUGGACGAGAAGUCCGAAGAGCACAAGGAGCAGUUCACCGCCCUGCUGCGCGAUGUUAAGAACGCCUUCCGCCCGGACAACCUGCUGCUCUCCACCACCGUUCUGCCCAACGUGAACUCGUCGCUGUUCUACGACAUUCCCGCCGUGGUCAACUACCUGGACUUUGUGAACCUGGGAGCAUUCGAUUUCUUCACUCCCCAGCGAAACCCCGAGGUGGCCGACUACAUCGCCCCCAUUUACGAGCUGAGCGAUCGCAAUCCCGAGUUCAAUGUGGCCGCCCAGGUGAAGUACUGGCUGCGAAACAGCUGCCCCGGCAGCAAGAUCAACGUGGGAGUGGCCACCUACGGUCGUCCCUGGAAGCUGACGGAUGACUCCGGCGACACUGGUGUUCCCCCCGUGAAGGACGUCAAGGACGAGGCUCCGGUGGGCGGCAACACCCAGUUGGCGGGCAUCUACAGCUGGCCGGAGGUGUGUGCCCUGCUGCCGAACCAGAACAACGCCUACGCGAAGGGCGCCAGUGCUCCGCUGACCAAGGUCCAGGAUCCCGCCAAGCGCUUCGGAUCCUAUGCCUACAGGGCGGCCGACAAGAAGGGGGACAAUGGGAUCUGGGUGAGCUUCGAGGACCCCGACACCGCCGCCGAAAAGGCUGGCUAUGUGCGCACCGAGAACCUCGGCGGAGUGGCCCUCUUCGACUUGUCCUUCGACGACUUCCGAGGACUCUGCACCAACGAGAAGUACCCCAUCCUCAGGGCGGUCAAGUAUCGCCUGACUAACUAAAAGGGACCCUUUUGAUUAAUGUAUAAUUGACCAUGUGAAUGAAGAUAUAUUUGUCCCAUUAACAUUUGUAAUGUCAUAAAGAACGAUAGAACAUGUAUCAAAAAGUGGCUUAA